AUGCACCCUUGUCGCGUUGCCCUGGUGCGCUCUGCGACGCGCAGGAUAUGGGCAAGCCGAAGUGGUCUCUACCACUCAUUCUCCACGUCCUCUCGUCUGCUCGAUGACCGCAGCCAAAAGACCCGCCGGACUGAGACCGGCAAACGGUCGCUCUCACCGGAGGAAUUUGCUGAACUGACCGAGUUUUCGGCGGGACUCGUGGACUUGGCGUCUUCUCCGAAGCCUCCCAACAAGUCUUGGAAGGUGUUCACAAAUCCCGGGAGAGACAAUCGCAGACUGAGCCAAGCGAUACCUGUGCUGAGGUCCGCAUCUGUGGGCUCGCUCGAGAAGAGGGCGUUUGAAGCUCCCGAACCGGGAACCGGCUUCGGAGGAUUGGAUGGUGACGAAGGACCGUCCGAAAGUUUCAUGCCUGGGACUUUUGUAGAGUUGCGCAGGCGCGUUCAGUUUGCAAUAUUUCUAGGGUGUUCGCUGAUCACGCUGCACAGAAAUGAAGGGACGGUGAUGUGUGUGGUCCUCGAAGAGAUUCAGGUGGCUGGUCAGCGCCGAAUCGUUGGUCUCACGUCCUCAGGAGAGGUCCUCUUUGCAUUGAAGGACGAUGUCAUGUUUGCUGUUCCUGGUUUCAUUUCCCCCGACCUCGCAGCCCGCUGCUCUACCGAAGCCACGGCACAGAACAAGGUGCAGCAAAAUGCGCGUGUUACGGUCUUAAAGAAGAUUCUGGAGCUGGCUAACGCUGUGGAGAAAGAGGCCUCAAAAAUGAAUGUUACGGGUAUAGGGCGAGCGUAUCAGGUUCUGAGCGCACGCGAUCCCGAGGCAUGGGGAAAGACUACCACCCCCGAAGUGGCGCGUCUUUUCGGCGGUCUCUCACCCACCAUCUCAAUGGUCACCAUAUUCGCGGCACAUCGUCAUAUGAUGCAGAACCCGUUACACUUCGUCCCUGAACUCGGCUAUAUCCAAACAAAGACCUUCAUCCUCCGUCCGCGCUCAGAAUGUGCCCUGAUAACGCGCGUGUCGGGGUGGACAAGACAAGGAUCCGACUUAUUGAAGGCUUUCGCCACUCGCGCACUGGCGGUGAUCGACCGGCAACGCAAGAUCAGUGUAGAGUCGUGGACCGAGCCUCCGUCUCAGGCUCCCGGGACGCACACCUGGACAUCUGAAGAAGUCGACAUUUUGCGGUUUCUCCAGCUCUCACUGCGGACUCGCCGUAGUACCCAAAAGGAUCCGUACACUCUUCCGCAAAGUUAUAUCCUAAGGCUGCUCUAUCCAGAGGCCGAGGUGACGGACGAUCUGGUUCAUGAGACGCUGGUGAAUCUAGGGGUAUAUGCUCCCUGGCAGGACUUGAUGUCUCUGCAACGGGAACUAGGCUUUGAUCCUCGACCGCCCGCGCUUUCGCCUAGCUACCAGGAGAAGGAGGCUAUCGUCAAGCGUUCGAUGAGCUUGCCGCCGGCACCGAGCGGUCCGCUUGGCCCGGAAGAUCUUUACAAGACCGAUCCAAUGGAGAGUUUCCGUCAUGACUUCGGAGAUCUCGCCGUGUAUGUCAUGGACGAUGCGAACGCUCACGAGCUGGACGAUGGGGUCUCGUACGAAGAGGUUAUCGGCAAACCCGGCAGCUACUGGGUCCAUUCUCACAUCGCAAACCCCACGUCGACACUGCCGCACACGCACAUUCUAGCUCGCAGAGCAGCGCUGCAGCUCCAGACGAUGUACUUCAAUCAUCGCACGUUCCCCCUGCUUCCCACCAGUCUCGUCCACUCUUCGUUGCCCGGAUUCUCACUUGUCGGGGGGCAGGAGAAUCGGGUGCUGACGAUCAGCACGAGAAUCGACAAGCAAGGCAGUCUUCGGGAGGUCUUGGUGCGACCCGGCAUCGUGCGGAAUGUGAUCAAGAUGAGCUACGACGAUGCGGAUCUCGCGGUCCACGGCGUCGUAGCCCAGCGUUGGUAUCCUCUAUCUGAUGCGCCGCCGCCUGCCCCUGCGAUGUCCCGGGUCCCGGACAAGUGUGUGCAAGAUCUGCGGGUCCUCGGCAAGAUACGAGAUCGGAUGCAGCGGCGGCGGUACAACAUGGGGUUGAUCGAGACGGAGUCCGAAGUAUCCAGAGUCGACAUGCCGGAGCCUCCUUCGUUGGACAUGACAAGCCCCAUCUUUGAGCCCAGCGAGUUCCGGGGAUUCCCCAAGCUGGAUUAUUCCGUGCACAAGUUCAGCGCGAAUGCUUUUGGGGCCCGGGCGAUCGUCGGAGAAGCGAUGAAACUCGCGUGCUGGGGUGUGUCUGUCUGGUGCAGGGACCGGGGAAUCCCGGUUCUACGCAGGGCUUCAGCCAAGAUGGUUGCUAGUCCAGAAAACUGGGAGAAAUUGUAUGCGGCACGAGAUGAGGCUGGCUACGUGGACACGUCUACUAUCAUGGCUCUUUGCCAGCUCCCUAUCGGCAAUUACAGUCUGGAGCCGAGCGCUCACUGGGCGUUGGGUAUUCCAGCGACGGAUGGCUACACCAGAGCUACUUCUCCCCUGCGUCGUUUCACCGAUCUGCUCGUGCAUUAUCAAGUGCAAAGCCACCUGCUCGGAAAACCGCUCCCUUUCUCGGCUGACUGGAUCGAGGGGCAGCGACUUUUCAUUAGUCGUGACGACAUUCUCAAGCGACGCAGUGAAUCACUGCACCAGCGAUUCUGGGCUCUGAUGGCCCUCAAGCGACAGAUGUUGACGCCAGCUUCGUUGAGACGGGAUGGGCCGAACCCUCUUCAACAGCUCGAUGCCGUGGUGAUGAACCCACCGAUCCACAACAAUUACUCGGGCGAAAUCGACGUCGAUGUUCGCAUUCCGCGGCUUGGGAUCUCUGGGCAACUGCAGGAUAUCGGCACCUGGCGCAUGCCAACGACGAGGGUCGGGGACCGCUUUGCUGUCAAGAUCAAGCAGAUCGACCUCGGCGUCCGACCGGGGCUGAGGCUGUCUCUCGUGUGA